AUGCCACCCAGGAAAAAGAAGACAACUCAAGUGGCGACCCAGAAUUCAACCCAAGUGACAACCCAGAAUUCAACCCAAGGGACUCCCUCGCGCCCCAGGAAAACCCCAAUCAGCUGGGAGAAGGACGGGUCAAAUGGUUUCUCGAGUAUGCGAUUACUCAUGGAUUGGCUCACCACACCUGGGAACUUUGUCCGAUGGCGUGGUGACAAGCACAAGGGUUUGAACAAAGAGGCAUUGGCUGGUGAGAUCAUCCUCAUCUUGGUUGACCAUGGGAUCCAUCAUCGGAACAACAAGGAUAUCCGAACUAAGAUUCAAGAGAUUCAAGAGAGCUACUCCAAGGCCAGCGAUUGGCUCCGGAACACAGGCCAGGGGGUGCUUGAUUCAGACAUUGCCGAAGGGACAGACAACGUGAGAGCUGCACUUCUGAAGCGUUGCAAGUACUAUUAUGAGUUGGACGAGUUCAUGGGCUCCCGAACAUGCACGAAUCCUGAAGACACGGUUGACACAUCAGACCAACCGGUACCCGACCUCUUGGAUCCGCCAACAUCGAGUGAAAGAGAAAGUGAGGAUGAGCCCAAAGGUUUGGAUUCUCAACCUGUAGUGAAUCAGUCAACGUCUUCCCAACGAACUAUCCGCAAUGCGACACCAAGGGCGCCUCCCACCCCCCUUGAAGUGCAGACUCCCAUUGGUCGAGAAGAUAAGUCCAAGUCCAAGGAUAAACCCAAGAAAAAAAAUCGUGGUCUGCCGGAGGGUAUAGAAAAAGCGAUUGACGAAAGUGCAAGCUUCCGUGUCAAAUCGCUGCAGUCGAAAGAUCGCCGAGAAGAGAGAAAAAUAAAGGCUGAAGAUGCACGGGAAAGAAAGCGCAUCCGGAUCAAAAAACGUCGUUUGAGAAUCGAGGAGAGCGAUGCACAGGUCCGUCGGACCCAAGCGGAAACUGAACAGGUUCGACAGCGGACUACAAUCAUGAUCGAUUUAAAAAAGGCUGGCUUUGCAGAUGAUGACAUCAAGACAUUCUUGGAUAGCCAAUUCAACCGGGCUCCUACAACUUCUGCCCCGAGUGAGGAAGAAAGUUCUGACAGCAAUUCUGAUCUAAGUGAUUUGGUUGUAUAG